AUGGCAGAAAAAAAAUCUGACCUGCUAGAGCAACGAAAGCAAGAUCUCGUCAAUGCGAAACUCGAUGGCGACGCAAGGAAAGAAAUGUUCGCUUACAAAAAUCUUGGCGAAGCGUGUAUGAAGGUUGAUGAUACUAAAAGAGCGAUAGAUAACUUCAUACACAGUUUAAGGAUUGCCCAACAAGAACGCGACAGAGCUUACGAAGGCAAAGUGUCCUGCGAUCUUGGAGAUGCUUACUAUGAACUCGAAGAUUAUAAACAAGCCACGACACAUUUUAAUAAAUGCCUGAUCAUCUACAAAGAGUUAAGCGAUAGAGCUGGAGAGAAAAAUGCAAACCACCAUCUUGGCCACUGUUAUAUGUGCACGGCUAAUUAUAAAGAAGCCAUAGCGCACUUUAACAAAUUCCUUAUUAUUUCAGAAGAACUUGGAGACAGAGAUGGAGAGACAGGUGCACACUGCUGCCUUAGCCGUUGUUAUUCUACCUUAAGCGACCAUAAACAAGCCGUGGAACACUUGAUCAAAUGCCUUAUUAUUUGCAAAGAAAUUGGAGACAGAGAUAGAGAGGGAAUUGCAAACUACGGCCUUGGAAAAUGCUAUCAAGCACUCAGUGAUUAUAAACAAGCCAUAGAACACUUUAACAAAUGCCUUAUCAUCUACAAAGAGUUAAGCGAUAGAGUUAGAGAGAAAAAUGCAAACCGCGAUCUUGGCCACUGUUAUAUGCGCACGGCUAAUUAUAAAGAAGCCAUAGUGCACUUUAACAAAUUCCUUAUUAUUUCAGAAGAACUUGGAGACAGAGAUGGAGAGACAUGUGUACACCGCUGCCUUAGCCGUUGUUAUUCUACCUUAAGCGACCAUAAACAAGCCGUGGAACACUUGAUCAAAUGCCUUAUUAUUUGCAAAGAAAUUGGAGACAGAGAUGAAGAGGGAUUUAUAAACUACAACAUUGGCAAAUGCUAUCAAGCACUCGGUGAUUAUAAACAAGCCGUAAAUCACUUUAACAAAUGCCUUAUUAUCUGCAAAGAACGAGCGGACCGAGAAGGAGAGGAAAGUGCAAACCACCAGCUUGGCCAUUGCUAUCAUGCAAUCAGUGAUCAUGAACAAGCCAUAGAACACUUUAACAAAUAUCGUAUUAUCUCCAAAGAACUAGGAGACCGAGAGGAAGAGCAACUUGCAAACUACACCCUUGCCUCUUGCUAUUAUACACUCAAGGAUUAUGAACAAGCCAUUCAGUACAUAGAGCAAAGUCUGAUUAUUGCCAAAAAUAAUGGGAAUAGAGAUAUGGAAGGGAAAGGUAAACAGCACUUUGGCCUUAUUUAUGCAGUUCUCGGCGAUUAUGAAAAAGCAACUGAGUACUACAAGCAAAAACUUGACAUCGCCAUAGGCGCAGGGGACCGCGAUGGUGAACUAGACGCUUACGGAAGACUCGGGUCUGUUUAUAACAACCUUGGUAAGUUCAGCAAAGCCAAAGAGUACCAUGACAUACAACUUGCCAUUGCUAAAGAACUCAAGAAUAAGGACGCAGAGGCGAACUCCUAUUUCGGUCUUGGCCGCGCUUAUCUGCAGCGAGGAGAUUUCAUGAAAGCCAUCGAAUUCUUCUGCCAACUUCUUAACAUUGCUGAAAGAAAGGAGCUAAUAGAGAACGAAGGAUGUGCCUACACAAGGUUGUGUGAGGCCUAUCUUGCACUCCAUAAUUUCAAGGAAGCUGCUAACUGCGGUAUGAAAGGUCUUGCCAUUGCAAAAGAAAAAGGACACAAAGGUUGCGAGAUAGGGGCGCAUCAUAUCCUUGGCCUUACUAUGGAAUGCUUGAAUUUCCUACAUGAAGCUCUAGAUCAUUAUCGGUCCGCUUUAAAGAUCUUAAAUGAUGAGAGGGACAUUAUCAAGGCUGAGGACGCUCACAAAAUAUGCUUCCGAAAUUCUCGUCAGUUAAAGUACGAUGCCGUGUGCAGAACUUUGUUGAAACUUUCAAACUUCGGCGAGGCUUUGUGUGUUGUUGAUCAAGGAAGAGCACAAGUCUUACUAGAUUACAUGAAGCAAAAAUAUCAGAUGGAAUUUCCUCCGCCAAGGACAUCAGAACCUGAUGUAGCACCUUUGGUUUCCACACAAACAAUUUUCAUUUCACUAGAAGAAGAGAAGAUUAAUAUAUGGCUGGUCAGUAACGGGAACGAUGUUCAGUUUCGACAAAAGGAAGCAAAGCACGAUUACAAGUUCGGCAAUGAUCCCUGUCCCUGCUGUUUGAAAUGUUUGAAAAAAUCAGCUUUCAAAGAAAAUGAGUUUGCUGCUCGAGUUAUCUGCGAGGAUCGUUCUAUGGAUGCAUUGAUGCCAAAUCUGUGGGAGCAAGACGAAGACUCUUGUCAUGAAAUGUCAGCGUUACUGUCCGAGGACAGCUUUCGUCUGGAUGUUCAGAGGAAUUCCUUGCGGCUGUUGUAUGAUGCUGUUAUUGGUCCCAUCGCGAACGAGUUGAAAGGUGAUGAAUUACUCAUUAUUCCCGAUGGUCUACUAGGUCUGGUUCCCUUUGCUGCCUUCGUCGAUAAAGAUUCCAAGUACCUCAGUGAAACGUUUAAGAUUCGCAUUGCUCCGUCACUGACCACUUUGAAACUAAUCAACGAUUGUCCUGAAAACUACCAUUGUAAGAGUGGGGCGCUGCUUGUGGGUAAUCCAUGUUUCGAGGAGAUAACAGAUCUCCUUGGAAUACCUUGGUUUCAGCCAUUGCCUCACGCGGAAAAGGAAGUGCAAAUGAUCGGAAAAAUUAUUAAUGCCACACCACUCGUCGGAAAGGAAGCGACUAAAGACGAAGUACUGAAACGCAUUGCUUCUGUCGCUUUGGUCCACAUCGCAACGCAUGGAAGCGCGGAGACAGGUGACAUUUGUUUGGCCCCAAAUCCUUCAAGGAAGUACCGGAAACCGGAGAAGAAAGACUACAUGCUAAAAAUGUCAGAUAUCAAAGCUCUGAAGCUCCGAGCAAGACUUGUCGUGCUUAGCUCUUGUCACAGUGGUCGAGGGAACGUUUCUGCCGAAGGCGUGGUCGGUAUUGCAUGGGCUCUCUUGGCUUCUGGUGCCCGCUCUGUUCUGGCGUCACUCUGGGCAAUUGGUGAUGAGGCUACAAUGGAGUUCAUGAAAACAUUCUAUGAACAUCUCAGGGAUGGCAACAAUGCUAGUACGGCUCUCAAUAAAGCUAUGAAAUGCUUGAGAGAAUCUGAGAAGUUUAGUGCUCCAAAGAACUGGGCUCCAUUUGUGCUCAUUGGUGAUGACGUCACGUUUGAAUUUGAAGAAGACAUCGAACAAUGCUAA